AUGACAAGAAUACGAAAGACUACGAAGUCAAAAACCCAGAAAAUCAAGUGGUGGAAGCUAAAAGAAGCGCAGAGCAGAGAUAAUUUUACAGAUAAGGUUAGAGAGACCCUAGAAAGACGUAGACAGGAAGAGAGGUGUGACUGGGAAACAAUCGCAGAAGACAUGCGGGAUCUGGGAGAGAAAGUCUGUGGCAAAACCUCCGGAAAGGCAAAGGCUGGAAAGGAGACAUGGUGGUGGUGUGAUGAAGUCCAGAGAAGAAUUAGUGAGAAGAAGGAAGCAAAGAAGAAACUCUUUGAAGAUCCAUCUGAAGAGAACAAAGCUUACUACAAAACAACAAAGAAGGAAGCUAAAAGAGCUGUAGCAACCGCAAAGGCAAGAGCAUAUAACCAACUCUACGAAGACCUUGAAGGUACGAAAAAGGUACUUAGAAUUGCUAAACAAAGGGACAAAAACUCGAAAGACAUCUAUCAGACAAAAUGGAUAAAGAACGAUGAGGGGAAUGUGUUAACAAAUGAUGAGGAUAUUCUGGAAAGGUGGCGGUUGCAUUUUAUGAAGCUCAUGAAUGAAGAAAAUCCUAGGGAAGCACGUGAGGAGGAACAGGUGGGGAAUCCUGGUGAGGUGGAAGCCAUCACUGAAGAUGAGGUGAGAAGAGCGCUAAGGAAGAUGAAGAAUGGAAAAGCAGUGGGACCAGAUAAUUUACCAAUUGAAGCAUGGAAGUGCCUUGGUGAAGAAGGAGUAACUUUCCUGUGCUCAAUGCUCAACAAGAUUUUCGAUGAAGAAAAGAUCCCAGAGUCGUGGCGGAAGAGCAUACUCGUCCCUAUCUAUAAGAACAAAGGUGACAUCAUGGCCUGUGGUAACUACCGAGGCAUAAAACUCAUGAGCCACAGCAUGAAAUUAUUUGAACGUAUGAUUUAG